GUGGGGACAUGUGACCGACUGCAGAGGCCGCGCCGCCUCCCCCGCCCGAGAUCUGCGCGCUCCGCCGCAGGGUGCAGAUCGGGGGCGCCCGCUUGGGUUUGGGGCGCAAGAGCAGAGGUGGAGCCAGGGCGGAGCCAGCGCGCCCCGUCCCCCGCCUUUCCAAUCGAAAGCGAAACGGAGGGCUGGAAAGGAAGGGCGGAGCCGGCCUGGAGGCCCCGCCCCCUGCCCUGAGAGGCAGCUGGACAGACGGGCGCGCCCAGGUACGGGGGCGCUGAGCGCCCAGUGCGGACCCUCGCGGGAACCUGCGCCGCCACCAUGUCUCAGGAAGGUGUGGAGCUGGAGAAGAGCGUCCGGCGCCUCCGGGAGAAGUUUCAUGGGAAGGUAUCCUCCAAGAAGGCGGGGACUCUGAUGAGGAAAUUUGGCAGCGACCAUACCGGAGUGGGGCGCUCCAUCGUGUACGGGGUAAAGCAGAAAGAUGGACAGGAACUGAGUAAUGACCUGGAUGCCCAGGACCCCCCAGAGGACAUGAAGCAGGACCGGGACAUCCAGGCGGUGGCGACCUCGCUCCUGCCACUAACAGAAGCCAACCUACGCAUGUUCCAACGUGCCCAGGAAGACCUCAUCCCUGCUGUGGACCGGCAGUUCGCCUGCUCCUCCUGUGACCAUGUCUGGUGGCGCCGCGUGCCCCAGCGGAAGGAGGUGUCCAGAUGCAGGAAAUGCCGGAAGCGCUACGAGCCGGUGCCCAGUGAAAAGAUGUGGGGCGUGGCUGAGUUCCACUGCCCGAAAUGUCGGCACAACUUCCGGGGCUGGGCACAGAUGGGGUCCCGGUCCCCCUGCUACGGGUGCGGCUUCCCCGUGUAUCCGACACGGAUCCUCCCUCCACGCUGGGACCGGGACACAGAUCGCCGCAGCACCCACACCCACUCCUGCUCGGCUGAGGACUGCUACAAUCGGCGAGAGCCCCACGUGCCUGGGACGUCCUGCGCACACCCCAAGAGUCGGAAGCAGAACCACCUGCCCAAAGUCCUGCACCCCAGCAACCUCCACAUCAGCAGUGGCUCCACUGUGGCCACCUGCCUGAGCCAGGGGGGCCUCCUGGAAGACCUGGACAACCUCAUUCUGGAGGACCUGAAGGAGGAGGAGGAAGAGGAGGAGGAGGAGGGCGGGCACGGGGAGUGACCCCUGCCAGGUGCAGAUGCAAACCAGACACGGUCUGUGGAAAUUUUGUGUUGUUAUAAAAUAUGAGCUCAAA